UGAUUCAUCAAAAUUGAUUUUUGCAGCAAAAUGGGCAACAGUCAAUCAGCAUCUUAUGAUGUUACCAAUGUUCGAGAAGUGAAACGAAAAGAAAAGCCUGAUGGUACGGUGAAACCUUUGAAGGAACAGUCAGUAAUGAAUAAGAAUGAGAAAGGAAGAUCUGAGAACAGAUCACCGAAAAUUGAGGAGCGCCAUGAGACACACCAUGAAGCACAUCCUGAAAAGUCCCCUGCACAGCCUCGCAAAUCCGCGGCUCCUCCACCACCGGCUGAGCCAUCCAAUGUACCAAUUGGUAGUGGAGCCGUACCAGCCGUUCCAAUUGGUAGUGGAGUUGUGGUUGUGGAUGAUGAUAUUCAGUCACUUCAUCGUACAGUAGAACCUGAGACGAUUCCUCUAGAAGCAGCGCCAUCGCAAUCGCGUUAUGACUGAACGGGGCUGACACUGUACACGACAAUUUCCUCCUUUGUUUUUACGCCUUGAUUAUGAGUUGCCAAUUUUC